AUACCAUAGUCGUUUUGUGUUGGGCUUCCACGCGUGUUUGUCUGAAUAGAACAAAGAUGUCAUCUCAAAAAUUUUCUUUGCCUUUGAGAUUUUCCGGAUCUGAGAACAAUUUAUGGGUUGAAUAUAUCCAACUUGCUCAGGAAUAUAAGCCCUUGAAUCUAGGUCAAGGGUUCCCGGAUUUCGCACCCCCGGAAUUCUUGACCAAGGCUCUGGCAGAGGUAGCGAAUGGAGACAAUGUUCUUCUACAUCAGUACACAGGAUGCUUUGGCCACCAUCGGUUGGUGGUAGCUUUGAGCAAGUACUAUUCUCAGCUGAUCGGCCGAGAACUCAACCCGAAGACCGAGAUUAUUGUCACAAGCGGGGCGUUCCAAGCUGUGUUCAACUGCAUCCAAGGUCACACGUCUCCAGGGGAUGAGAUCAUCAUCAUAGAGCCAUUUUUCGACUGCUACGAGCCCAUGGUGCGCGCUGUGGGCGGUGUACCAGUCUUCAUCCCACUACGUCUGAGGAAGCCUGCCCCAGGCAAGCCCAUGACGUCCAGUGACUGGGUGCUAGACCCGGAGGAACUGGAGUCUAAAUUCAGCUCGAAGACCAAAGCCAUCAUCGUCAACAACCCCCACAACCCUGUGGGCAAGGUGUUCAGUCUGGAGGAGCUCACCUUCAUCGCUGAUCUCUGCAAGAAGUGGGAUGUCCUCUACAUUUCUGACGAGGUCUAUGAGCACUUGAUUUACAAGCCGUUCAAACACAUCCGAGCGGCCACUCUCCCCAACAUGUGGGAGCGGACCAUCACUAUCGGCUCUGCAGGGAAGACCUUCAGCGUGACCGGAUGGAAGACCGGGUGGGCGUACGGUCCUGCACCGCUCAUCCGGAAUCUCAUGGUCGUCCACCAGAACAGCGUAUACGCACAACCCACCCCUAUUCAGGAAGCAGUAGCGAUGGGGUUAGAGUUAGAGAUGACACGGCUGGGGCAACCCGAGAGCUACUUCCAGAGUCUGCCACGAGAGUUGGAAGCGAAGAGAGAUUACAUGGUCGCGUUGCUGAAGGAAGUAGGAAUGGAGCCCACCGUGCCACAAGCAGGAUACUUCAUACUGGCUGACUGGACGGAGCUAGGCAAGAAGAUUGAUUUGAGCAGUGAAACUGACAAGUACAAGGACUACAAGUUCACCAAGUGGAUGUCAAAAAACGUGAAGCUCCAAGGCAUCCCUCCGUCUGCGUUCUACAGUGGAGGAGACAAACACCUAGCAGAAAACUUUGUUCGUUACUGUUUCAUCAAGAAAGAUGAAAAUUUGCAGAAAGCAGCUCACAUCCUCAGAACAUGGAAACAGUCCAUACAACAGUAAAGUUAUAAUAGAGUGAUGCAGGCCUACAGUGUGCUAGUGUAGAAGCAACACUAAGGCUCCAAGGACUCUCCCACUGGGCAAAAACUACCUGAGAUGCGACUCAUGAUAACAUACAAUCAUUACACAUCGCUUCUUUAUUAGCUUAUUCAUAUAACAAUUCCUAAACAAGACCAACUUCCACCAACAUUGUGCCACAAGCAGAAUCACUAGUCCUUAUGUUGUAUUGAAAUAAUAACCGUAACUAAAUGUAUCGUACAAUAUUGAACUCUUAAAAAGAGUAUAAAUGAAUCUGAUAAUUGGAAUUGUCAUAAUGACAUACGCUUAUGAAACUAUUGUAAAACAUACUUGAUUUUUAUUCUAUAUAAUAAAAAUUUCUUGUUUUGUACCGGAAAAAUCUUGAAUUUCAAUGAAAUUCUUCCAGUAUUUUAUAUGUUUCUUUGUUAAUUAAGACAGAAUCACAUUAUUGUGAUAAUAUUUAUAAUUUAUAUUAUGCUUUUUGAUAUAAGAUUUUAUUUAGGGGUAGUUUUUAUGUUUCAGCAUUAUCAUAAACUUACCUCAUUUGAGUGAUUACGAAUACUUUUGUCACUUAUUUAUGUUCGUAUUAAUAAAUAUGAUUUUUAUUAAUGUA